AACUACCUACGUCUCCAUUCCUUCAUUCCAUAACAACUGGUAGCACAAAUCAUUCUUGAAGAAUUUGAUCUCUGUUGGUUUCUACAAUCUCAGGAUCGUCGUCUACAAUGUCAGGAUCAUCAAUGAUCGUCACAAACACACCAGCGAAAGAUCUCGCCUAUACGAAUUAUGCCUACUGCUCACCUUCCGAUAUUCGUCAGUUUACCGUACCUGGAUCUAAUCUCGCUCUCGCUCUUGUUCAUGACGCCUUUGUUCUAUCUAUAGCUGCGCAUGAAACCAUACAAAGCGGGCAGAUUGGGCUUAAUGCCAUCCAACGACGUUAUGCAAGACUUUCUACUGGAGAUCCGGUAUCUGUUAGCAGGUUUAUUCCACCUGAGGAUUUCAACAUCGCAUUACUUACCCUUGAGUUGGAAUUCACGAAAAGAGGGAAUAAAGAAGAGCAGGUUGAUGCUGUCCUACUAGCUCAACAGCUUAAGAAUAGAUUUAUAAACCAGGUUUUGACAUCAGGACAACGGGUAACUUUUGAGUUUCAUGGAAAUGGUUAUAACUUCAUAGUCAGCCAAGUUUCUGUUGAAGGGCAAGAACAAUCAGACGUCGAAAGAGGCAUGCUUUCCGAAGAUUCAUACAUCGUGUUUGAAGCGUCCAAUUCCAGUGGAAUAAAGAUUAUAAAUCAGCGCGAGGCUGCUAGCAGCAACAUUUUCAAGCACAAGGAGUUUAACCUUCAAACACUCGGUAUCGGUGGUUUGAGCAAUGAAUUUGCUGAUAUAUUUAGAAGAGCUUUUGCCUCUAGGGUCUUCCCUCCACACGUGGCAAGCAAACUCGGUGUAAAGCAUGUUAAGGGAAUGCUGUUGUACGGUCCCCCUGGUACCGGCAAGACUCUAAUGGCUCGCCAGAUUGGAAAAAUGUUGAACGGAAAGGAUCCGAAGAUUGUAAAUGGACCUGAAGUGCUGAGUAAAUUUGUUGGUGAAACUGAGAAGAAUGUAAGGGACUUAUUUGCUGAUGCUGAACAAGAUCAAAGAACAAGAGGGGAUCAAAGUGACUUGCAUGUGAUCAUUUUUGAUGAAAUUGAUGCCAUUUGUAAGUCUAGAGGUUCAACGAGGGAUGGUACAGGAGUGCACGAUAGCAUCGUCAAUCAGCUUCUUACAAAGAUAGACGGCGUGGAAGCGCUGAAUAAUGUUUUGCUAAUCGGUAUGACAAAUAGAAAGGAUUUGCUCGAUGAAGCUCUCAUGAGGCCUGGUCGUUUGGAAGUCCAAGUGGAAAUCAGCCUUCCUGAUGAAAACGGUCGUUUCCAAAUUCUUCAGAUUCAUACAAAUAGGAUGAGGGAGAAUUCGUUUCUAUCUCCAGAUAUUAACUUGCAAGAACUUGCUGCACGAACAAAGAACUACAGUGGAGCAGAACUCGAAGGUGUUGUGAAAAGUGCAGUUUCUUACGCUCUCAACCGCCAGCUCAGUCUUGACGAUUUAACUAAAUCGAUUGAUGAGGAAAACAUAAAAGUCACAAUGGAAGAUUUCUUGAACGCUCUUCAUGAAGUUACUCCUGCAUUUGGCGCUUCAACAGACGACCUGGAACGUUGCAGACUGAAUGGAAUAGUUGAUUGUGGUGAGCGACAUGAUCAUAUCUUUAAAAGAACUAUGCUAUUAGCGGAGCAAGUUAAGGUUAGCAGUGGUAGUCCACUUGUCACAGUUCUUCUAGAAGGUCCAAGUGGCAGUGGUAAGACCGCAAUGGCAGCUACUGUUGGUAUCGGUAGCGAUUUCUCCUAUGUGAAGAUUAUUUCGGCCGAAUCGAUGAUUGGACUCAGUGAAGCCAGUAAAUGCGCACAAAUUGUCAAGGUAUUUGAGGAUGCUUACAAGUCAACACUGAGCAUUAUUGUCCUUGAUGAUAUUGAAAGACUAUUGGAAUAUGUUGCCAUUGGCCCUCGGUUUUCAAACUUAAUCUCUCAGACAUUAAUGGUCCUCCUCAAAAGGCUUCCUCCAAAGGGUAAAAAUCUGCUGGUGAUCGGAACAACAAGCGAGGUAACUUUCUUGGAGUCGGUUGGUGUUUGUGAUGCUUUCUCAGUCACUUAUCACGUUCCUAUGUUAAAGACCGAGGAUGCUAAAAAGGUAUUGCAACAACUUAAUGUGUUCUCUCAAGGUGAUGUUGAUGCUGCAGCUGAGGCUUUGAAUGAUAUGCCACUUAAGAGGCUUUAUAUGGUGGUAGAGAUGGCGGCACAAGGAGAAUCCGGUGGAAGUGCAGAAGCAAUUUACUCUGGCAAGGAAACAAUUCAAAUGUCACAUUUCUAUGAUUGCCUCAAAGAUAUUGUCCGUUACUAGUGUUUUUUCCUCUAUAAACCUGCCUUAAUUUUUUUUUUUUGGUAAAGAAUUGGAAUUUUGAAUGUUGAUUUGUGUUCACUCUAUUUGCUUGGGUUUUAGUUAACAUGACCAUGGUACAGUUUGACAGCAUAGUUCUUUCAGUUGAAUAUCUUGA